AUGCCCUCGCACAACGAGCUUAUUGGCCAGGCGAAGCAAAGGCAACAACAGCAACUUCAGGCUUCAGCUACGGCAUCACAGCAGCUCAAUAGCACAGUGAGGGCGCUCAUUCUGUCGAACUCAAGCAAUUCGAGCCAAUCUUGUCUGUCCGUACUAGACAAAAUAACCACCAUUCAACAGCUAGAUAAGCAAAUAAAUAAACAGCUACAGGAUGGUAUAGCUGCAAACUAUGAAAGAUUGUUAAAAAGUAAGAAAAACUUGGAUACGCUACUCUCAAAGAAUGAGGAUAUGUUGAACUAUGUGACGAGUGCCCAUCAGCCAAAGAGAACACAAAACGUGGAGCAUGUUUCUGUAGUUGAUGGGCUUCAGCGCAAAGCAGAAUUGGUGGAUCAAGACCUUCGAAUAUUGGAAAACACCUUGAAGUUUGUUCAACAGCUGAGAUCCAGUAGUUGA